CAGGGUCCUCAGGCCGCUGUCCCCUGCAGCCACCGUGAGUCCUGCUUCUGCCGCCCCUCUGGAGGGUCUCGGGUUGGAUCCUGUCACUGCACCUGCACGUCCAGGAGCCGCCGUCGCGUGAGGUCAGGGAGUCGCGCCUCAAGGUCAGGAGAGGAGGCCGGGUGCUGCCCACGAGGGAAUUCCCCGCCGGAGCCCAGGAGCCAGGAAGAUGUGCUGACUCCGGCGAGGCCGAGGGGCUCCUGACCGCCGGCACGCUCGCCCUCGAGCGCGGGGGACACACUGUGCGGUCCUUUCCCUCGAAGGGAGCGUCCGGGACUUCCCCACGAGCGGAGGCCCCAGGGCUCGGCCGCCAGCUCUGGCGUUGGCAGCCCUUGGGAAUGUUGACAACUCAGGAUCUCCAAGGCGGGUUUCGUGAGUGAGUCCAGAGGCGCGCGAGGCGAAUGCCGCUGUAGCGCUGGGAGGGGCACUAUGCAGGAAGAAGCCUUCCGUAGGAACGCAGGCAGGGAGACGCUCAGGCUGGCCGCACGCCCGCCCAGCGGAGCCAGCCCCAGAUAGGCGGCCGCCAUGGCCAAGUGAGAGACUGGCUGACAGCAGUCCCGCAGCCUGCGUGUCCGGACGUGUUCUCGAACUCGCGAUACCAAAUAGGAAAGAUGAUCUACAAGUGCCCCAUGUGCCGGGAGUUCUUCUCGGAGAGAGCCGACCUCUUUAUGCAUCAGAAGAGCCACACGGCCGAGAAGCCCCACAAGUGUGACAAGUGCGACAAGGGUUUCUUCCACAUAUCGGAGCUGCACAGCCACGGGCGAGACCACACAGGAGAGAAGGUGUACAAGUGUGACGACUGCGGCAAGGACUUCAGCACCACCACCAAGCUGAACAGGCACAAGAAGAUCCACACCGUGGAGAAGCCCUACAAGUGCUACGAGUGCGGCAAGGCCUUCAACUGGAGCUCCCACCUGCAGAUCCACAUGCGCGUGCACACUGGGGAGAAGCCCUAUGUCUGCAGUGAGUGCGGAAGGGGCUUCAGUAACAGCUCCAACCUGUGCAUGCACCAGAGGGUCCACACCGGCGAGAAGCCCUUCAAAUGCGAGGAGUGCGGCAAGGCCUUCAGGCACACGUCCAGCCUGUGCAUGCACCAGCGGGUCCACACCGGGGAGAAGCCCUACAAGUGUUACGAGUGCGGCAAGGCCUUCAGCCAGAGCUCCAGCCUGUGCAUCCACCAGCGGGUCCACACGGGGGAGAAGCCCUACAGAUGCUGUGGCUGCGGCAAGGCCUUCAGCCAGAGCUCCAGCCUGUGCAUCCACCAGAGGGUCCACACGGGGGAGAAGCCUUUCAAAUGUGACGAGUGUGGCAAGGCCUUCAGCCAGAGCACGAGCCUGUGCAUCCACCAGAGGGUCCACACCAAGGAGCGGAACCAUCUCAAGAUAGCAGUUAUGUGAGGUGUGCUGAGUUAAAAAUCUUCAAACCCAUAAGUGCCACUAGGAAGGAGACCCUGUAAAUACCCACAUUGUCCCAAGAAAUAACCUGCAGCGGCCCUGGCCAGCGUCCCCCUGAGGAGGCCGUGUUGGGUCGCUCUCUGGUUCAUGCCAAGUUUGUUCCUGGACUUGGCUGUGACCGUGGAGUCCCUGUGAGGGUCUGCCUAUGCGGGCGCUGGGCCCUGCUCAGGGGUGCGUGUGGGAGUCCAGCAGGAAUCCCCCACGUGCAGAUACCGCAGGCCGUGGGCGCCGCCCGGCCUUCCCAGCCGCCUUCCCUCCGAGCGGAAGGGUCCCGGGCUGUCCCCGCAGCUCUCAGGCCCGUCCUCCCCUUCACUCGAGCCUCCUGGUUACUGCCAUCGGGGACGGACCCCAGGGUCGUGCUCUGAUCAAGCCCACGCAGCUUCCACGCGUCCCAGCGCUCCUGACCCCGUUGUCCGAGUGUCCUCAGAGUACCUGGAAAGACCCCUUCCUGGAUGGCGUGACCUCGCGGCUAGGUUUUAGGUGACUCCCGCCCGUGACUGGCGGGCGGGCGCCCUGCACGCGGCUUUAGUGUCGUGGAUCUGCUAAUCACUGUGUCCCUGUCACUCAGACUUAGUGUUCCAGUGGCUGCAUCACAUUUUUAACUUGAAUUUUCCAAAAUAGCUGAAUGUAAAUAGAGAGGAAGAAGCAAGCAAAGGGGGCAUUUUCUGCAUCCAGAACCCCCCUGCCCCGGGCCCUGUGCGGCGCGCGGUCCUGGCCGCCAGGGGCGCCCUGCUGAGUGGCCGGUGGGUGGGUGUUUCGUGCUGCGUGGGCGACGGGGCAGCCACGGCGGGUGGGGCUGCAGCCCCGUGAGUUCACCGUCCUUUGCUUGCUUCGUUCACUCCGCGUAUUUAUUGAGGACCUGCUGUGUGCCGCGCACUGCUGGUGCUGGGGACACCUCUAAGCAGACAGCAAGGGGCCUGCUCCUGCCGACCUGGUCUGGCGCAGGAGAGGCGAUAGGCAAGUACGUAGUGUAGUUUGAGGUAGUGAUUAAGUGCUAUGGAGAAAUAAACUAGGGUGAUGGUGUGGGGUGGUGGGGGCGGGGCGGGGGUGGGGUGACAUAGCUAGUGGUCAGGGAAGCCCCGGAUGGGGUGCUCGCUCCAGGACCUGCCCUGAGUGUAGGGACAGGAAGAAGGCAGGUGCUGGGGGUGGUGGGCCGCGGGGAGGCAGGCGCUGCUCGGUGCUGGGUUGACGUUGAGGAGGUCGGAGGGACUCGCGGACUGAAGGCCAGAGUCCCCCACAGCGAGGACAGGAGCACCCGUGUCUGACGUGGCUUCCUCCCCGUUCCGGGCCGAGUUCCCACACGCAGUCCUUUUGCUCAGGAAGUCCUUGGGGACAUGGAGGGUCUUUGCAGCUCUGAGUGGGUGACCGAGUCGCUGUUUGUGGACUGAGGCGGGGGGUGAGGACUCACACGCAAAGCUUGAUUGUCUCCAUAUUUGAAUUAAUUUCUGUUGAACUGGAAGGGGUUGUCUCUAAGACCUCGACACGCGGAGCGGGAGUGGGUGGGCCGAGGGUCUUCACCUGGCUGUUCCUGCUGCCGGCCCGCGAGUCCCUCCCAGGGCUCCCCUGCCGUGGAGGGCCGGCUUCGGGAUCUGCUGAAGCCCCUCCAGGCCCGGUGGACGCGGCCGCUGACCCCUUCCUGCCACGGUAGUGUGGAGCGUUCGAGAAAAGCCUAGACUUUUAGUUGACAGCCAGCUGAGAAUAUCACUGAUAGAAUUUUAGUUUUAGGAGAAGAUGGGUUUGAUUUCUAGCUUUAUUGCUGUUAGGUACGUGAGCUUGGGCGAGUCGCCGAAUCUCCGGGUCUGGGUUUCCUCGCGCAGUGAGGAUGGCAGGCUCCAUGAUUCCGAGUUCCAGCUAGUCCUAGAGUUCUAUAUUUCUACAUAGUUGAAUUAUUUUAUCACGCUGUUGCUGGGGAGGAUGACUAACACUUUGGAAGCUACUAAUUUUAUGUCGAGCUUUAAGGUCCAUAAUUGUUAUCUUCAGAAAAUAUUAUUUGACCUACAGUAUGUCCAAAUCAAUUUAAUAAAAUCACUUUAUAACAGGG